UAAAAUGCAUGUACGUGAUGUGAAUCAUUUAUUGAUUAGAGCAUUUUGUAUUUGUAAGUUGAUACUACUGCGCCAACCGCCGCACUCGAUUCAGCUUCGCUUUUUCAGUGUAUGAUAAUGUCGAAUGGCUCUGAUCCAAAUUACGAUUUUUAUCUUACCAUAAUCAAGGACAAAGUGUAUUGGUUGAGUUUAGCUGUAGCAGGAUUCGUCGUUGCAAGUAUCAUCAUUGUAGCGAAUUCAACCCUGCUCUUCACCACAUACAAAGAUCCUCGAAAGUCGCUUCGGAAAUUACCUGCAGUUUUGCUGAUCACCAAUUUGAGCCUGUCUGAUCUUCUGUUGGGUGUGUUGAAUGUUUUCCUGGUUGCUUUGAGAGAUGUGUAUCGAUCUAGACUCGAACACAUACCUCACGUUGGGGUUUUUAAGUCAAUCGUGUACACAGUGCUCUCUGCGACUCUGUUUGUGAGCAGUUAUUCCAUCAUUGCCAUGUCAAUAGCAUGUUACGUGGCGAUCAACAAUCCCGUGGAUUACAAAUCGAUUAUUACAAGGGGAAGACUUAAGGUUUUUAUUGCGGUAUUAUGGUUUACAUCGAUCGCAACGUGCUCUCUUCCUCUGACUCACAUAUCAGAACAAACGUACACACUUAUAUACCUUCACACUCACGUUUCGCUACCUGCCGUCUUGUUAACGUUCAUCUACGUGAACGUUUUUCGCGCUCUCGUUUCCCAAACGCGUGAACUUCAAACUGGUAGGUACGAUUCAAUCGUGACGUACGCUUUAGAACGCGAGCGGCGAAUGGCCAUGACAAUAAUCAUCAUUUUAGUAUUAUUCUACAUCACAUAUAUUCCACAAUACAUCACUCUUCAUCUGUUGUACUUUUGCAAUCGCUGCCAGCAGUCGAUAACUUUUCACAAGAUCGACGUAGCGUUAUCCAGAUUUUUGUACAUAAAUUCUGCCAUAAAUCCCUUCAUCUACGCUUGGAGAGUCUCCAAGUAUCGCCGAGCGUUUGUUCAAGUUUGGCAGAGUUGUUUUGGAAACUUAGGGGCCACUUCACAAUUGUCAUAUUCGCUCAACUCGACACAGAGAGGAACAACUUUUAGUGCACGCAGUCCAGGGAUGGAACAACGGAGAGCUUGGUAUAACAAGACAAAUGCUGAAUGUGUAAAAUGUGCAACAACCAGCGUUUAAAAUGCAAGUUGAUUCCGAAAAUUACAACAUUCAACAAUCCAGUAUUAAUCUUAAAUUUAGGAAGGAGUCAACGUGUGAAAUUUACAAUAAAAAUUGUUCCCUUUUUCAAGCAAUUUUUUUCCAUUGACUGCCUAAGCGAGAUGACUACCGAACCCUGCUAACUCGAAUGGUCACGGGAAAUGAAGAAAAAAAAAAGGCGGCUCGAGAUACCGAGAAGCUCGAGUUAGCUGACUGAAAGUGACAAAAAAGGCACCUCAAAGGAAAUGCAAGUUCGAUUUAGUGAAAAGUUCAAAUUAACUGCUCUGGAGCCGUCUACCCUUGGAAGUUCGCUUUAUCUUUUAAAUUAAAAAUGUGAAUUAUUUCUAUGAAGAAGAACUGCCGAAAGUGAAACUUAAAAUGAUAAGCAAACCAAUUCAUCAGUUUGAGCGCUUGUGUUCUUUCUCAGCCGAGUUGUUUACAUAUGUAAAUGCAAAUGCGAACAGCUUACAGGUUGUCAUAUGUGCGCUGAUAGCAGCUCACUCUCUUCAUAAUCGUAUAUCUCACGAUUUAUGUUCAUUCUUUACUUUUUCACCCUCUUUUUUCCGUAAAUGUAAUUCCAUUUUGUACUUGUAAAUACGUUUCAGUUUGGCGUGUCUGAAUAAAUUUGCCAUGUCACGUUCUGUUAUUAAGGCCGUGACUUGCUUUUUCAAUUUCAAAA